AUGUUGCCCCUUCAUAUCCAACCACACAUCCUGAAAACACUACAAACCACUCUUUCCAGAUUUAUAUGGGACAAAGCAAAACCAAGAUUACCUAUCUCCCUACUCCAGCAGACACAAUCCACAGGAGGCUUAGGGGUACCAAAAAUUACCGACUAUUAUGAGGCGGCUAUUCUCGAAUCCGCCAUAAAGCUCCAUGCCCCUAAACACACGUUUCAAUGGGUGGACAUGGAAAACGACAAAACACACCCUAAUUCCAUACUACACAUAAUGUGGUCACCAACAAUACAUCGACCAAAAAAAAUAAUACUAUAUCCUACCUCUAAAGUAACACUCAAAUACUGGGAUAAACUGUUGACUACGGUAUCAGGGAAAGGGAA